CAGCGGCUGGGAGCGAUCGAUAAAGAGGAGCUCGGCCGGUCCGCCGCUUGUGGUGCCCAGAGAGCCAGCACUCCGGACUCUCAUGAGAAGCCUCCUCCCGCAGCCGUCUCCCGCCAGCACCUGCGCUUCACAACAGCCGCUCUCCUUCCCUUCCAAGUCCUGACUUCCAUGGGGAUGAAGGCGGAGGAUUCCGACUACCAGAAGCAGUUCGAAGCAGCCGUCCGCGUCAUCCAAGGCCUUCCCAAAAAUGGUGCAUCGUAUCGUCCGUCCUAUGAGGAAAUGCUGCGUUUCUAUGGUUACUACAAGCAAGCGACUGUGGGCCAGUGCCAGAUCUCUCGGCCCGGGUUCUGGGACCCCAUCGGCAGGUAUAAAUGGGAUGCGUGGAAUAGAUUGGGGAAGAUGACCAAAAGGGAAGCUAUGGCGGCCUAUAUCCAAGAGAUGAAGAAGUCGGCUCAGAAGGUCAUUGACACUGUGCCAUUGGACGAGGCGUCGGAGGACAUGUUUGAACACUUCAAACCCCUCUAUGAGCUGAUCGAUGACAUGCCCCGUCCCCCCGAGUCCUUCUUCAAGAAGAUAUUAGGACCAGGCCGUGUGGAGGGAAGCGUCAGGAGCUCCCAAGGGACCAGUGAUUCGGAGAGCGAGGUGUUCUGCGACAGCCUAGAACAAGUGGAGCCAGAUCAGGUCAGGAGGCUGCCGACAGAGGAAAGCUCCUCCGUGGUCAAUCUUCACAAGAUUCAAGCGGGAGAGGCAAGGGAGCACCCACCUCCCGUGCACGUGCCAGUCGCAACCAGGGAAGAAGAGCUGAGCAAAAGCGAUCUGCAAUCCGCCCCUGCGGAGAAGGACUUGGGCAGCAGCCCCCCAGUCACUGAAGAGACCAGGGCAAGGGCCCCAGUCCAGCAGGAAGUGGAUCUACACAUGAGGAGCACCAUCCAAGCCUUGCAGGAGGACAUCAAGGAAGUGAUGCAGAGACUCAGCUGCCUGGAAUCCUUGGUCACUUUGCAGGGCCAGGCAUCCAAGGCAAACUGCCAGAACGGCGAACUGCAUGUGGCAAAGGAACCGCCCCACCAGCCUUUGCACCUGACUCCUCCUACCUUGUUUUUCCUGCUGGCCUGGCCUUUCUUCGCCCAGUGGCUCAUUUGGCGUUUCCAGAACUGGAAGAGGUGAAUCGCUGCCUGUUCUUGGCAUUCUGUUUUCUUAAGAUCUGUAUUUGAAAACCCGCAGCGUUGGCAGCAACGGCCCAGAGGGCUUGGAAGUGUAAACACCUCGGCUCCCCCACCAGCGCCUCUACCUGCCAAGGACAAUGAAGCAGGGAACA